GCAAAGUCCUUAAGAGGCCUCUGAAUUAUUUAAAUUACAUCUGGCCCAAUUUGUCUCAUCUGGUUACGCAGAAAAAGGGAUAAUCCGAAUCGUGAAACAACCUGCUCACCCACUAUUACAGGGUGCUCUGUAUCCAUAGGUUAAUCCAUUGCCCGGAUGCCAUUGGGGAGACACAUCAGGACCUGCUUCAGCAUCUUUACAGGGACGCCAUUGAGAAGAACAGGUCGCGAAGCUGACUCUCUCCAUGUGAUUCCAGAUCAUGAUUGUGCAAGACAGAAGCAUUAUGAAUGGCCAGUUCAGAAACCACCAUAUACCACAGCAAUUACCACCAACUUGGAGCAAUCACAACCUCGAAUGCAAUGCUCCAGGUGGGUAUUGUGGAGGCUCGUGGCUGCAGGCACCUCCCCAUCUCUGGACCAAGUACCACGUGUGGGAAUGGCUCCAGCACACGCUGGACGCCAACCAGCUGGAUGCCAACUUCAUUCGCUUUCACGACUUUGAUGUGACCGGGGAGCAGCUGUGCGCCAUGUCCUUUGAGAUCUUCAGCCGUGCGACCGGUCCUCUGGGCCCACUUCUCUUCAGCAGCCUGGAAAGCCUAAAGUGGAGCAGCAAGUUCCUCCCACCAAUGGGGCAGCCACUAAUGGCAGAGCAGAGAGGUUCUUUUGUCACUGACAUGGUAUUCCCAGUGAAUGACACCGUUAAAUCGUUUGAUGCUGUUGACGAGGGAGAUGUGGGAAGACAAGAGAUUACAUUGACGUCUGUCCCCCAAGACACUCAAGAUUGUCAAGAUAAAGAUCACCAGAUUCAGUCCCAGAGAGGAAAUGGGAAGAAGCACAGUCCCCGGGGAACACACUUGUGGGAGUUUAUCCGAGACAUCCUCCUGGACUCGGAGAAGAAUCCCGGACUGAUCAAGUGGGAAGACCGAUCGGAAGGGGUUUUUCGCUUCCUCAAGUCUGAGGCUGUGGCGCAGCUCUGGGGCAAGAAGAAAAACAACAGCAGCAUGACGUACGAGAAGCUGAGCCGUGCCAUGAGAUAUUAUUACAAGCGCGAGAUCUUGGAACGGGUGGACGGCCGGAGACUUGUCUAUAAAUUCGGAAAGAAUGCCCGUGGUUGGAAGGCCUGCGACCAAUAGGCGAUUUCUUGGAGAUGACAAUGGGAGUGUUUUGCAUCUGGUGAAAGUGACGCCAAGAUGGUUGUUAUUUAUAUGUAUAGAAAAAUGACGAAGCUCCUCAUUAAUCCUUUCCAUUUGUCGAUCAGCUGCCUCGUGUUUCCCAGAAAUGAGAUGGUCGGGGAGUGUGGGCUGGGAAGGGGGAUAGAGUUUUCAGGCUCCAGCUGAUGACAGCACUGGCAGUGAGUGCUCGCAGGUCUCUGCUCUGCAGGAAGACACCUGCUGGUCAGGUAGGAAGAAGGAGCAGGUAACGCACUUUCCAAAGCAAAAAGCAAUGAUUUGACCAACAAACACUAAGCAAGAACACCCGUCAUCUCGCUUGUUGUUCAACAACUGCAUUUAGGCAGCACGACCAACGUGAUGAAUCAAGCAAAGAUUUCACUGGAAUGCAAUUCUCAACCCAAUCUAAAAAGAAAAGGGAGUUAGGAACAGUUUGAACUGUUGGUCAAAUGGGUAAAUUUAAAGAAUCGUCUCAAAGGAGCAAAAUGAAGUACACAAAACAGUGUAGAAAUUCCAGAGCUUGCAGCGUGGUCAGUCCAUAUGUGACAAGGGGAAUCAGGAUACCAACAAAGGGGUAAUUGGCAGAGCAGAUAAGCUUAUUCCAUCCCUAACGCAGACUCUGAGGAGAAUGGGCAGUGCUUCACAUUAGGGAAGCUGAUGUGGAGUACUUCUUUCUGCGGGUUAAUUACAUUACACCAAACACACCUUUGGCAGACUGCUUAAGGCCACUAAAGUGUGUUUGAGCAAUGGAGAGAUCAGCAUGUUAGCAUCCCAAGGAUUGAACUUUUACACAACCAGCAUGUGAUAAGAUGCAUUAUUCUGAAUCCAACAUUUCAAAACAAAUGGAAAUGGUUAAAGAUAGUUUUAUUCCGAAGAAUUCUUGUAAAUUUGUAAUUUUUUCUGGCUUUGAACUGUGUGACAAUAAUGACGUAAAGAGCCAUUUAAAUGUGGUAUACUCUUGUUCAUGACCAUAGAAAUUGUGCCCUGGUUUCCCAUGCAAGCAGAAGUAGGCCAACAUGGCCCCUCGAUUCUGCUCCACCUUCAAUGAGAUCACAGCUAAACUGAUUCAACCCUUGACACCAUAUUCCCGUCUGUCCUUGGUAACCUAUCACCCCUUUUGCUAAUCCAUUGCAUCUAUUUUCACCUUAUUCAAAGAAUCCACUUUUGCAUACCAAAUCUUCUCAAUCUUCUUACGAAGUAGAGGAGUUAAUGGGCUUUCUUUAUGAUUUCAUCACUGUGUGGGUCCAGGACAGAUCUUCAGAGAUAUGCAUGCCCAGGAACUUGAGGUUAUUGACUCUCUCCAGCACCAACUUGCCGAUGAAGACAGGUAUGUGGUUCCUUGGCUUUCUUCUAAAGUCAACAAUCAGCUGCUUGGUUUCACUGACGUUGAGAGUAUGGUUGUUCUGGCACCAUUCAAUCAGACGAUCAUCUCCCUCCCACGCACUGACUCAUCAUUACCUGUAAUUAGUCUAACAAUGUCCACACAAUAGAGGUGGUACCAUGCCACAAUUUGACCAACUAUGAUCAUCAUUGAAAGAUAUGAAUCAGCUUCAUCACGAUCGUAUGAAGGAUGGAGCAGGUUUAAGGGACCUAAUGGCCUACUCCUGUUCCUAAUUUGUUUGUUCGCAUGGGCAAAGUUUAAAGGGGAUGUGCAAGACAAGUUUUUUACACAGACCAUGGUGGGUGA